AUGAGUUCGAAGCUAGAAGAGAUCACCACCAAAUUGCAUGAUCUUGUUGACAAGAGAACUGAUUUGGGUUUGAAUGUGAAUGUUGAAAGGUCAAAUAUAACACAGAGACGGUUGGAGCAAACUUCACUGGUUGAUGAGUCCAAAAUCCUGGGUCGGGAUAGGGAUAAAGUGGCAUUGCUGGGGAAGUUGUUGAGGAAUGAAGAAUGUGAUGAAAAUGUAAGCAUAGUAUCGAUAGUUGGUAUGGGUGGAAUAGGCAAAACCACUCUUGCCAAAGUUUUAUACAACGAGCAGAAAGUGAAAGAUCACUUUGAAGUCAUGGCAUGGGUUUGUAUUUCUGAAGAGUGCGAUGUGAUUAACAUUAGCAAGGCUAUCUUUCAAGCAGUAACAGGUCAAAACAAAGAUUUUGCUAAUCUAGAUCUUCUUCAUGUUGCCCUCAGAGAAGAACUUUCAAAGAAGAGGUUCCUACUCGUUCUAGAUGAUGUCUGGAACGAAGAGGACAGUAAGUGGGAAGUCAUACAAAGCCCUCUUUUUGUAGGGGCACCUGGAAGUAGAAUUAUUGUUACAACCAGGAGUACCAGAGUUGCAUCAGUGAUGGACUCGCAACAAACUUACCCUCUAGGCGUUUUGUCAAAUGAAGAUGCACUGUCAUUAUUUGCUCAACACGCGUUAGGAGAAAAAAACUUUGACAAACAUCCAACACUUAAAUCGCAUGGUGAAGGUAUGGUUCACAAAUGUGGAAGAUUGCCUUUGGCUUUGAAAACGCUUGGGAGGGUUGUGAAGGGAAAUAGAGAUGGCGAUGAAUGGGAGGAGUUGUUGAAGAGUGAGAUAUGGGAUAUAGAUGAUGGAAAUAAGAUUCUUCCGGCUCUAAAACUAAGCUACUAUCGUCUCCCUCCACAUCUGAAGCAGUUGUUUGCAUAUUGCUCCUUAAUUCCCAAGGACUAUGUGUUUGAGAAAAAUAAAUUAGUCCUAUUGUGGGUGGCAGAAGGAUUUUUGUCCCAAUCAAAAGGAAACAAGUCAAUGGAGAAUUUGGGUCAUGAGUAUUUUGACAAGCUAGCCACAAGUGUUGUAGGAGAGUUUCCCUUUAGAUUGGACAAUGAGAUGGAUGCAUCUGACAUGAAUGAAACUUUUGAUAAGUUUCAUCACUUUUCACUUGUAGGUUUAAGAUCUGGAUCAUAUAGAAAGCUUAAUGAAUUACAAAGAGCUAAACACUUGCGAACUUUCUUAGUCAUGUCAGUUGUUUUAGUUGUUUUGGGUAACUGUGGCUUUUUGGACAAGUCUCAAGCAUAUACGAUGAGUCGUGAUUAUUGGAUGUACAAAGCUUCACGUUUUUCGGAACUUUAUAUAGAGGGUGUUCGAACUUUUAUUAGGGUUGCCGAAGCAAAUCGCGUUAAUAAAGGAAAUGAAUCGAUUUCUUGUCCUUGUAAGCUUUGUAAAAACAUUAAAACGUUUAAUUGUACCGGAGAAAUAGAGUAUCAUUUGUUGCAAAAUGGUUUUGUGCCUAAUUACACUUGUUUGUCAAGACAUGGAGAAACACUUCUUGAUCGUGGCACAUCGUCGAGCAAUUUAGAUAUUAAUAAUAGUACAUACAACAACGAUUCAUAUUUUGAUGAUGAACACCAUUCAAAUGACUCAAAUGACAAUUUUAAUGAAAUGUUUGAUGACAUGGAGACUAAUAUGGGUGAUGCUGAACAAGAAAAAUUACAACGCCUGUUUGAAGAAGUAGAAACACCGUUAUAUAGUGGUUCCAAAUUUAUGAAACUCGAUGUGGUAUUGAGGUUGAUUAACUUAAAGUCGACAAACGGAUGGAGUGAUAAAAGUUUCACAAGUCUAUUAGAGGUUUUGCAUGACAUUCUUCCGGAAGAUAAUGAAUUACCCAUUUCUACAUAUCAAGCAAAAAAGCUAAUGUGUCCGAUGGGAUUGAAAGUUGAAAGAAUACAUGCAUGUCCAAAUAAUUGUAUGUUGUAUAGAAAGGAGUUUGAGAAUAAACAUAAUUGUGUUUUUUGCGGUGCAUCGAUGUAA